AUGUCGGUUCUUCCUCAAUGCCAUGGUUUUGAAGACCUCUGUGCUUGUCUAGCGGAGCUAUGUCCAAUUGUAUAUAACCACUCUGAAGCCCAAAAGGAAGAGUGUUACAUGGAGCAUUGUUUCCUCUCAAAAAGAGCUCUUGACGACAAACCUCUCAUGCAGGUGAAUAACUCAUUAGGAACACCCUCAAACAACAUUUAAAGAUCACAUUCUUCUACGUUCUUAUGUUUUUUGUGGGAUUCAUCGGGAACGUUACUACCUGCGUCGUCAUCAAACGUCAUCCCAUGCUAAGAACCCAUGCAAGGUUAGUUAUUUUGAAAGAAGCAUGUUUUUUGAUUUCAGUAAUAGAAAUUUUCAAGUUUACUGGGAGCAGUUCUAUGAACAAAUUUGAAUGUUUUUUAGCGCCUACUUGACGAAUUUGGCGGUGUCAGACCUUGUGACUCUUUGCGUCGGGCUUCCGUUUGAGGUCAUAAUGUAUUGGCAGCAGUAUCCGUGGCCUUUCCCCGACAUUGUAUGCAACCUAAAAGCGUUGAUUGCUGAAACAACCAAGUAAACGUUUCGAAAUGUUUCAUAUCGCCAAAAUUUUUUUCAGUUCUGUUUCCAUCAUGACAGUUUUAUUUUUUGCGAUCGAACGCUAUAUCGCUGUAUGCCAUCCGUUUUUCCACGUCAAACUAAAACCAGGACGUCAAUAUGUAUGCAAAACUUUUACGUUAAAAUGAAAGCGUUCAAUGCUUUUUUCGGAAUGACAGCGAAAUCUCGAUCCUUCUAUUUUUUUUUAAUUUUGAGCUUUAGGUGAAAGUUUUGAUUCUUAUCACUUGGAUUGUGUCGAUAGCGUGCGCCAUUCCAUUUGCUGUUCACCACAGAGCCGACUAUAUCCUAAAGAGCUGGCCCUCAACGAACAACAAUGUGCCUGUUAGUUGUUUUCUGUUUUUUUUGUAGCGUCCCAAGAAGGGAAUAUGAUCUUAGACCUAAUAAGCGUCUUAUUUCAGGUGAAGACAUCAAAAGUCUGCAUGAUCGCCGUCAUCUUUGAGCCUUCUCUAAUUCCGAGUCUCAAAGUACAGAUAUCUUUUUUUAUUCUCGAGAUCCGAUUUUUCAGUUUCUUUUCCACUUCUCUGCCCUCAUUUUCUUCGCGUUCCCUUUGUUGACUAUUCUAGUUUUGUAUGCUUUGAUAUCUUGCAAGGUGAGCUCAAAAAUUUAAAAUUCACGACCUCUUUUGUUUUGCUUCAGAUUGCGACGAACAGGACUGCUCAACGGGAGUUCGAACUUCCUGAUGACUUGAAUAUGCGAAUUAACGUCGUACUGAGUGAGACUUCAUCGAGUAGAAAACUUUUUGUGAAAUUUGUAUGACGGCCUGUCUUUCUUAACUUUAAAGUUCUGGGAAAGCCCCUGAUAAUUUUUGAAUCAAGGGUCUCAAUGUAAAAAUCAUUCGAUCCGACCUGAAACUGAAAAUUAUAACAAAAUGUUUUAACUUUAAAACGUACAAUUUUCUAAGAGCAAAAAGCCUUUCUGUCACGUCCCAAGCAAAAAAACUCAUUAGUUGGAACCAAAAAUAAAUUGUUGUGCCAACAACAAGAAGCCGAACAUCUUUCCUGAGCCAAUAAACAUGUUUUUUUUAUUAAAAACCGAGUGAAAAAUUACAGGCUCGAUUGUUAUCGCUUUCUUCAUUUGUUACUUGCCGUUCCAACUCCAACGGCUGUUGUUUUUUUACCUCGACAACGACACUUUGAUGCCGUUUUUGAACCAAUACAUUUACUUCAUUUCCGGUAAGGAGUUUUGAUGAGGAAAGCUUCAAUCUCUGAGUUCAGGGUUUCUGUUUUACUUGUCUCCAAUUGUGAACCCCAUAGUUUACAAUCUUGCUUCGAAGCGCUUCAGAAAAGCUACAAAAGAAGUUUUUGUUCGGCUGCGCCAUUCGGGAAAAAAACACUCAGCGGUCUCAGUCUACGAUACGGUACACAAUGUGAGUUUCCGAUUGAACGAAAAUCAAUCAUGUAGAGGUUCAGAACACAUCCAAAUCUACAGCCUACUCUCUCUCAACGAACCCCUCUCUGUGA